CUUUGGUUUGUUUGUUUGUUUUGUAGUAUGUGCCUUAUGUUGGGGACAGCAAGAGGGCCAUGGAUGAGUACACUUCAGAAAUAUUCAUGGGUGGAAAGAACACAAUUGUGUUACACAACACGUGUGAGGAUUCACUUUUAGCUGCUCCUAUCAUCUUGGACCUUGUCCUUCUUGCUGAGCUUAGCACUCGAAUCCAGUUUAAAGCUGAGGAUGAGGGUAAGUUCCACUCAUUCCACCCAGUUGCGACCAUCCUCAGUUACCUGUCCAAGGCCCCUCUUGUUCCACCUGGUACCCCAGUGGUGAAUGCAUUGUCAAAGCAGCGAGCUAUGCUGGAAAACAUCAUGAGAGCUUGUGUUGGAUUAGCUCCAGAGAACAACAUGAUCCUUGAAUACAAGUGAAGUACGAGAAAGAGUAAUGGUUUGGGUUUGGGAUAGUGAAGUUGAACGUGUCCAAAAUUAACUCAUAUUCCAAACCCCUCUUUUGUGUUAUUGUUAUGUAUUGCAAGCAAAUGUUAAAUUACAGAUCGUAGGAUCUGUCUCGUUUUGUUCCUGCCAGCUUAUUUGAUAGCAGGCUGUGGCUUAUCUAUGCAUGUAAAAUAAUACCAAGUGUUUUGUGCUUAGUAUA